AUGCCGAACAUGAAAAUCAAUGGAGGGAUCCCUUCCAGAUGCUGGUGUGGGAAGGGGAUUAUCACCUAUGUUUCAAAAACGGAGGAGAAUCCAUACAGACGAUUCUUCAGAUGUGAGAUUGGUUUGCAGAGAAAGAAAGAGAAGCAUCUUUUUAAGUGGGUCGACGAGGCUAUAAUUGAUGAGAUUCAAAGGAUGGAUGAGCAUCAAACGAGAAUUGCUGAGGAGCUUGAAGAUCUGAGAAAUUCUAUGAAGAAGACAAUCCAGGAAGAAGUUGUGAAACAUAAGAAUUCGGCCGAUGUAGGUUGUGUAGGAUCCAUUCUCAGUAUUUUAUGUUUGUUGUCCAAAAGUGAAUGA